CUCUUAUCGGCGGUCUGGGGUUCUGAUCCAAUUAUUUGAAGUUAUCAUAGCUCCCCUUGGAUCCUCUUCUGCUCUUCUCCAACUAUUUACAAAUCUGUGGCGCUGGGAUUAUCGUCUCUGUUCACAGUCAAUUGCAUUAAUUAGUUUUACUUAAUAUAUAGUCAUAUUCUAUUCUUUGAUAAUGUUGCGUUGGUAUCAGGCGAGGUUGGCCAAGCAGCCUAUCCUCACUGCUAGUGUGACGAGUGCUCUGUUGUUUGGUAGUGGAGAUGUUCUAGCCCAACAAUUAGUCGAUCGUAAGGGAUUUGAUAAGCACGACAUGGCAAGAACGGGGCGCAUGGCUCUUUAUGGUGGAGCGAUCUUCGGACCCGCUGCCACCACCUGGUACGGUGUCCUCCAGCGUCAUGUCGUCCUGAACAGCGCCAAAACUACCCUCCUUGCCCGUGUCGUCGCGGAUCAAUGUGUCUUUACUCCCGCACACCUGACUUGUUUCCUGUCUUCCAUGGCCAUCAUGGAAGGCACCGAUCCCAUCGAGAAGUGGCGUAAUGGUUUUGUUCCCAGCUUCAAAGCGAACCUUGCAAUCUGGCCUCUCGUCCAAGGAGUCAAUUUUGCCAUCGUGCCACUUGAGUACCGUGUGCUUUUUGUCAACCUAGUCGCGUUGGGCUGGAACUGCUUGUUGAGCCUGAUUAACAGCGGUGAGAAGUGACUUUGAUUAUCAAUACCCCAUCUCUUGUAGACACUUUGCAGAUAUCCCUAUGCUUUCC